AUGCAAAAUAUCAAAUAGUAAUUUGAUGAUGGGGAGUUGGAAAGAAGAGAAAAUUCAAUUUUAUACUAAAAUUAAUUUGAUAAUCAAUAGUCCUUUGAUGGUAUAAUUAUUAAUGUACUUAGCUUUUUACAACUUAAGUACAUAAAGUGAAUAGUUAAGUGGCUUUAAUUAUUUGAAUGAAGUUGAGAUUUAACAAAAGGAUAAGAUAAAUCUAUAACAAAAAAAAGGACAGGAGUCUAAAAACAAAAAGAAAAAGAAGCUGAGAUACAAGAUCAGCAACAAGAGAAAGGCAAAAAAGAUAAAAGGAUUUCAAAUAGAUGAAGACAUAAGACUGUUAGAAUCAGUAUUAAAAUAUGGAAGAUAGUUUUCAAGGUUGGUUAAAUUAUUUCCAAAAAGGACUGUCAGUAUGUUAAAGAAUCGAUAUUAUAAGAAUCUUAGAUAUAGAUGGGAGGAAUUAUUAGGAAUGUAAUUUUUUCUAUUUUUAAUUUUAGAGUCUAUGAUGAAGAAUAUGAGGAAAAUUUUAUAGAUGAUGGCUCAGUAAAUUAAUCUAUUGAGUAGAUUGAUCAUAGAAGUUUGAUUAAGAUGUUGCCUGAGUCAUACAGUUGUCCAAAAAUAAGAGAUAUGUUAGAAUGUUUGAUCACAAGGGUGAAUGUCAUUUUGAAUGUGUGA